AUUUAUUAGUAUCUCUCAUAUAUACCCUCCAAAGCUUUCUCUUUAUCUCUCUUCCUCAUCAAGAAUCAUUUCAAAUUCUCUCUCUCUCUCUCUCUCUCUCUCUCUCUCAGUUGCUGGGUGGCUAGUGUCUUGUUUCCAUGGAUAGGGUUCUGGUGUUUAGUGUGCCAUUGUUAGCUCUGUUUCUGGUGCUUACUACAACAUGGGCAGAAGACAGGCUAAUAAAUCCAUCCCAGUUGGAAAUGUUUGUUGACGAGCUUCCAGAUAUGCCCAGAAUCCAUGGUUUUGAUGUUGUGAAUGGUGUUCCCAAACCUAAGCGGCUAAGGAUUGGCAUGUUCAAGAAGGAAUGGAAAUUUCAUCGGGACCUACCUCCAACACCAGUAUUUGCCUACGGUGUGUCAAAGAACAAUGCAACCGUCCCCGGUCCAACAAUUGAGGCCAUCUACGGCGUUGAUACCUACGUGACAUGGAAAAAUCACCUCCCUUCAAAGCAUAUACUUCCAUGGGAUCCAACAAUCCCAACUGCCGUACCUUCCACGAAGAGGGGCAUUCCCACUGUUGUGCACCUCCAUGGUGUCAUUGGUGAACCCGAGAGCGAUGGACAUGCAGAGUCAUGGUUCACCAAUCGAUUUGCAGAAAAGGGACCCACUUGGACUAAGAAAACGUAUCAUUACCGCAACUUUCAACAACCUGGAAACUUAUGGUACCAUGAUCAUGCCAUGGGGUUGACUAGAGUCAACCUAUUGGCUGGCUUGGUUGGAGCCUACAUUAUUCGACACCCUAAGGUUGAAGGCCCACUUGGUCUACCUUACGGCGAUGAGUUUGAUCGGACUUUGAUGGUGUUUGAUCGGAGCUUUCGCAUCAAUGGUUCCAUAUACAUGAAUUCUACUGGAAACAAUCCCUCCAUACAUCCACAGUGGCAACCGGAGUACUUUGGGGACGCAAUUAUUGUCAAUGGCAAGGCAUGGCCACAUGCGACAGUACGACGUCGUAAAUAUAGAUUUCGCAUUAUAAAUGCUAGCAAUGCUAGAUUUUUCAGAUUCUUUUUCACCAACGGUCUUAGAUUUAUCCACGUGGCAGCUGACUCUGUAUAUCUUGAAGAACAUGUAGUGACAAAUGAAAUCCUCUUAGCUCCAUCUGAAAUUGCUGAUGUGGUUAUUGACUUUUCAAAGUCAAAGUCAGACACUGUUAUUUUAGCCAAUAAUGCAAAGUAUCCCUUUCCAGACGGGGACCCAGUCAAUGAAGCGAAUGGGAAGGUGAUGAAGUUCAUCAUCAAGAAGGAUAAGGAGGUGGACACGUGGAGAGUGCCAAAAAAGUUGAUAAAAUAUCCUUCUCCAGAAUUAUCCAGUGCAUCCCAAACUCGAUACAUCGCUCUAUACGAGUACACAAGCAACACUGAUGAGCCAAUUCAUCUUUAUAUCAAUGGAAAACCUUACGAAGAACCAGUGACUGAAACCCCAAAAGAAGGGACCACAGAGGUAUGGAAUGUGAUCAAUCUAACGGAGGAUAAUCAUCCAUUGCAUAUUCAUUUGGGAUUAUUCGUGGUGAUGGAUCAAACGGAGUUGAUCAAUAUAGAGGAGUUUAAAGCUUGCAUGAAUAAAUCGAACGAUGCAAUUAAAUGCAAAAUAAACAAGUAUGCAAGCGGCAAGAAGUUAGAGGUGCCAGCACAAGAGAAAGGGUGGAAGAACGUGUAUAAGAUGACACCAGGGUAUGUGACAAAGAUUCUAGUGAGAUUUGCUUACAUCCACUCGAAUGCAUCUUAUGCGUUUGAUGCAACUGCAGAGCCUGGUUACGUCUACCAUUGCCAUAUACUGGAUCAUGAAGACAAUGUAAUGAUGCGACCCUUGAAGUUAAUUCGUUGAAGAGGCGAUUUAGUAGUCAGAGACAGACCUCUUAGUAGCAAACUUCAGUCUCAGAUAUACAGAAGAUUGGGCUUUCUGGCCCAACACCUUUCUAAACGAGGACCACCACGCAUUUGGAAAAGCCCAGUGCCAGUGGUCAACGAUCUAGGCUAUGUACUUGUUAGCUUUGUAGACCUUUGUGAGAGUUGUAUUGUAGACUGGUAGUUUUAUGGAAUAAAUUGAUAGAAGAGUGCUCUCUCUCUUUCACUUU